AGCCGUUGCGCAUGCGCGAAGGCGGCUAAAUUCAAAAAAAGACGUUAGCGUUCGGUUUGAGACUGGCGCAUUGCCCUAAAACAAAUGUCUUAUAAAACUUGUUUUUGAUUUCUAACGUAGAGCAACAGAGAUAUAUCUUGUGUAGAUCGAAGAAACUGGUUUAAGACACAUAAGGUGAAGAUGGAACCUUUGGAUCCAGGAAGGAAUGUUGGAGGCAGCGGAUCCUCCAGGCGACGCAUUUCUUCUAUUUUAAAAGCACCACGGAAAUCAUCCGUGUUCCAGGACUUGGAGCAACAGGAGAAUAAGGUGGAAAGCGCAAAACCGGUGGAAAAGAGGAUUUCAAGAAGAGUCAGUUUUGCUCCAGCUGAUGAUGUUCUUUUGUUUUCUGAAGAUGCCAAGAAUGUAUCAAAAGCGGACUCCCCUCUACUAUUGGGAACAGCCACUACAAAAACACAUGACAGGGCUCAGGUGAUGGCAGCUAAAGAAAUAAGCCCACAGAUAAUAGGUAUAGAAAGCCUGCUGAAUGCUCCGCUACAUGCUUCCCAGCAAAGAUUAAUGGUCCAUGCUGACAGUGGGGGUGACUUCGGAGAGAAAACAUUCGUGUUUUCUGCAGAGGAUGGCCUCAUGGACAUCACUCACAAUCACACCACACACAUCAGCAGCAAUGCAGAGCUUUUUGGAGAGGGGAAAGUCAUUGAUUUGAUCACAGACAUACCUCCCAGUCACUCUGUACAAGCAGCAAAUAAGUCAUCACCUUUACUGAUUGAUAAAAAGGCACAUUCCAGUAUGGAAAAGAGAACCCUUUCCACUACAGUGCCUUUUAUGGAUCCUGACUUUAAAAACUUCCUCUUAAGUCUCGCCAAACCAAGUUCCUGCACAACCAACGACGUUCUCACCGGGAUAAAACCAUCCUCUGAGACAAAAAAAUCAUCCUCAUCUACGAGUGAAACGCAAAACUCAGAUGUUGACAAAGAAAAUCAGGUCCCCAAAUCUCUAAACGGUAGAAGGAGUAUCGGAGAAGCCUUUCGUGGUAGUGCUCUCCAUCCAGAGGAUGAUGCGUGCAUGGACAUGACAGAAGCCCAGACCGGUCAUACUCCCUUGGAUGACGAUGAUCCUUUCCAGUGUCUCUUUCCAUCUCAAGAGAUGUACAAAAACUCUGAAAGAACAGCAUCACAAGCCAGAGAAAUGACGAAGCAACAGGACCAUACCAGCUUGGAUUCAAACUCUGUAAAAGCUGUGAAAUCUGUACCUUUAGUUUCUAUCCCUCAGGAAAACUAUACGGUUACCUCAGCUGUAAAAAGUGACCGCGGGGAGAAAACAGAUGAGCUUAUGCACAUCACUCAAAGUCACACUGGAAACAUCAACAGCAGCUUAUCAGCCAAUACACAAACACCAGCAUAUUGCCGGGAUUCACAUUUUCCUAAGUUUACUCCAAGUCGUUCCAAAACUAUCGACUCUGGUAGAAAUCCUCAGAAUCCCACAAUCCAACCAAACACUGCUCCAACCUCCGAACAAACUAUCAGCAAAGAUCACUUCCUGUCACAGCACAAAAUGCUAAAGAAUGAUGAUGAUGAAGAGAACUGCUCUCUGAGUAGAAACAGAAGUCGCAGAGAGGCGCUGUCGGUGAUCAGUCCUAGUUGUGACAUAAGUAUGGAAAUGACUGAGGUUCAAACAGGGCAUAUUAUGGGAGCAGAUGCAAGCAUGGAAAUGACUGAGGUUCAAACAGGGCGCAUUAUAGGAGCAGAUACAAGCAUGGAAAUGACUGAGGUUCAAACGGGGCGUAUUAUAGGAGCCAAUACAAGCAUGGAAAUGACUGAGGUUCAAACGGGGCGCAUUAUUGGAGCAGAUACAAGCAUGGAAAUGACUGAGGUUCAAACGGGGCGCAUUAUUGGAGCAGAUACAAGCAUGGAAAUGACUGAGGUUCAAACAGGGCGUAUUAUGGGAGCCAAUACAAGCAUGGAAAUGACUGAGGUUCAAACAGGGCGUAUUAUAGGAGCAGAUACAAGCAUGGAAAUGACUGAGGUUCAAACAGGGCGGAUUAUUGGAGCAGAUACAAGCAUGGAAAUGACUGAGGUUCAAACAGGGCGGAUUAUUGGAGCAGAUACAAGCAUGGAAAUGACUGAGGUUCAAACAGGGCGGAUUAUUGGAGCAGAUACAAGCAUGGAAAUGACUGAGGUUCAAACAGGGCGGAUUAUUGGAGCAGAUACAAGAAUGGAAAUGACUGAGGUUCAAACAGGGCGUAUUAUGGGAGCAGAUACAAGCAUGGAAAUGACUGAGGUUCAAACGGGGCGUAUUAUGGGAGCCAAUACAAGUAUGGAAAUGACUGAGGUUCAAACGGGGCGGAUUAUUGGAGCAGAUACAAGCAUGGAAAUGACUGAGGUUCAAACAGGGCGGAUUAUGGGAGCCAAUACAAGCAUGGAAAUGACUGAGGUUCAAACAGGGCGUAUUAUAGGAGCAGAUACAAGCAUGGAAAUGACUGAGGUUCAAACAGGGCGCAUUAUAGGAGUCAGUGACCCAGAUGAUUCUCUUCAGUUUAGUCAAAAGAAAGAAGUCUUUGCUUUAGGCCAGCAGAAAAACAAAGGACCACAAACAUCUGAUCAUAAAGGAAUGAAAACUCAAUCAAGGCUGUCUUUGAAGAUGCAGCUAAAAAGGGAUCAGGACAAAGUUGUGACAGUAGAUGACUACAGAAAAAGGAAAAUGGGACUCUCUGCUAACAAUUCCUGUUUGGAUGUAACACAGAGUCAUACUGUAUACAUCGAUACUGCUAUCAGACUGGAUUCUCACCAAAAUGUUGGCGUGUCACCCAUGUGUGGGGAGAAGACUGUGAUGUUUGCUGCAGAUGACGCCGAAAUGGAUAUGACUCGGUGCCUGACAACUACUCUAGCUUCAGAUUUAGUCCCUUCCGUUAUGAGACAAGAAGAUCUGUCCCCCAAAAAAUUGUCAUCCUCUCACAAUUUUGAACCUGCAGAAGAUGACGUUUUCACAAGUUUGACAACAGUAAAAAACAGUGAUGCUGUUGUUGCAAGAAAAACCUGUGGUACUGCAGAGACAUCUGAUGGAUGGACGGUUUAUCAGGAAGAUGACAUGGAUAUGACUGAAGCCAAGACGGGUUGUAUUUUUGGAGCUGAAGCGGGCAUGAAUGUGGCGCGAGAUCAGACUGGCCAAGUAGUAGAAAUGCCAAUAAAACGGGCAGCCCUUCAGGCCAUUUCACCCACUGGAGAAAUGCAUCAAACUGUCAGUGGGAAGAUGGAAACAAUAAAGCAUCAGCAGCAUGAGGAAGCUUCCAGAGCAUCAAACUCUGCGGACACUCUAAUGAAGACCUCUUUAAAGACGAUGAUGCAAAGAAAUAAGGUUGAGUUUGAUUCUAAAGACAGUGGAGAGAAAACUGUAAGAUUUGCUGCCACUGAUGGCUGCAUGGACAUCACUCAAUGUCACACAGUCAACCUUAGCUGUGAUGUACAAUUUCACUCGCUUCCAAAUGUGGCGCCCUCCUUUGGAGAGAAAACCGUAAGAUUUAAUGCAAAUAAAGCAGAAAUUGAUGUGAUGAGAAUGGAGAGAAAACUGUGA